UCAAAUUCGCUGUGUAGGAGCUUCGAAGAAAGAAAUUGUACAAGAUUCGCGAGCGUCACCUUGGUUGCCCUUUGUAACCGAAAGAAUCUGUAUCGGGAAAUCUUUGCAUUGUUUUUAUUGUGAAAACGUGGCAUGUCUGUGAAAUGCGUAAUCAUGCGAUAAAAUUUGGCGUCGUUGUUGCUGAUAUUUGUGAAGAUAUUUGUGAUUCAAUGAAAGUGAGCCAACAAGAAAAGGCCAGUCAUUGCUUACUUAGGCCAUACAUAUUGUUAUCAAAGACAAGGAUGAAUUACUAAAAGGUUUAAGGUUUCUAACAACAUUAGACUAAUAAAAGUUGUUGCAAAAGUGUUGUGGUAGGAAGAUACCUUUGUAGGGAUCAUUGAAGAUGUCUUCCACCUGGCAACCGAAUCUGGAUGCAAAACCUUUUAUUCCAAGCUCAGCAGCUUACGUUAUUCAGUUGCCAUGUUUAUCAACACCCAUCAAAAUCAGAAGGCGAGGUGUUCUAGGACGUUUUUUACAAUUAGUUCUCAUUAGUGUUCUCGUUGUAACUGUUGUUUUUAACGUCCUAUUUAUAAUUGACAACUCGAAGAGGCUAAGAACGACUCAUAGCAACAACCCAUCUUACCCAUCAUCAUCUGAUGUUGACGACGAAGUCGAAAAAGCAAGUUUAUUGCUGGAUCAAAAAGAUAAAGAUGAAGAAGAAACUGGAAAGACAAUAAAGAUAGAGGCAAGGUCUGCCAAAGAUUUAGUGUAUGUUUCAGUUGAUGGAGUUAGGGUCUAUGAAGAUGCGGUUGAAGGUGGAAAUUCUCGUGGGCUCCAUAUUGUAGUACUGAACCAGCAUACUGGGUCUGUGAUGGCCACUAGGAUAUUUGAUACAUAUGCAGAGCUGCUUGAUGAAGAAAUCAUUCUCUUUCUGAAAAUUCUUCAGCAAGGACGCAUCAUUGUUUUCAUGUUGAAAGAUGAAGGAAGUAUGCAUUUAAAAAAAGCAGGAAGAAAUGCAAUUGCAACAUUUGGGAGUAAGCUUGUAAAUCAAGUAAAGUGGAGAGAUUCGUGGGUUUACAUUGUAAAGAAACCAAAUAAGUGGCUAGCAGAAUCAAUACAGAAAAACCCAGCUUUUGAUAAAUGGGCACCCCCGUCGAUAGUCCAGGUUUCUGUAUUUGUAGCAGAAAAAGAGGAGUCGUGUGAUUAUGGCAAGGGUGAAACUGCUCAGAGGCGGAAAGAGUUUUGUGACAAGUAUGAGGGAUACAGGAGUAUCUGUACAUGUCAAGACCCAGCUCCAAUUGACUUAAAUGGUGGCCCACUUCCCAAUAACCGGGUUGCAGAUUUGCCUGUGGCAAUCAUUGCAGCAAACCGGCCGCAGUAUUUGUACCGCAUGCUGAGAGGAUUGCUAAGUAUUCCUGGGGCAAAUCCAAAAAUGACCACUGUAUAUAUUGAUGGAUUUUUUGAGGAGCCUGCUGCUGUGAGUCGGUUGUUCAACGUCAAAGCAGUUCAUCACACCCCUGUUUGUAGUAAAAACUGCAGGAUUGGACAACAUUACAAGAAAUCUCUGUCUACAACUUUUGAUUCGUACCCAAGCGCCAAGGCCAUAUUAAUUCUGGAGGAGGACCUUGAUGUUUCCAAAGAUUUGUUUGAUUAUUUCAGCCAGAUGAUGCCCCUUCUGGAAUCAGACCCCAGCCUUUAUUGUGUCUCGGCAUGGAAUGAUCAGGGAUACGAACAUUCCUGUCACGACCCUGCACUCCUUUACCGUGUUGAAACGAUGCCAGGACUAGGCUGGAUUCUAAAGCGCAGCCUGUAUAAAGAUGAGCUGGAACCCAAAUGGCCUGGACCGACAAAUUUUUGGGACUGGGACAUGUGGAUGCGGAUGGACUCAAACAGGAAAGGUCGCGAAUGUAUUAUACCAGAUAUAUCCAGGACCUACCAUUUUGGCAUGAAAGGACUGAAUAUGAAUCCGUACUUUCAAGACAUUUAUUUCUCAAAACAUGCUCUGAACCGGGCUACUGGCGUCAAAUUUGAUAUUUCAAAGGUGCAGAAGGACAAUUAUGAAAAGGAGGUCCACAGCAUGAUCAAGAACGCUGAAUUGGUUGAUCACGGCAAGAAUCAAUGCACCCACGAAGCUGAUUUCAUUCCAAACACGAAAGGAAAGAUAUACGUUGCAUACAUCCGAAUGGAGACAUCGACCUCGUGGGAUACCUGGCUGGGACUGGCACGAUGCUUCAAGAUUUGGGACCUCGAUGUCAGGGGCUUUCAUAAAGGAAUGUGGCGAAUUUGGUACAAGGAGAAUCACGUGGUAUUUGUUGGAACACCGUUUUCUCCAUAUUCGAAAUACAUGCCGAAAAAUAUAACUCCUAUUUAUAUACCUAAGAAAAAGAAGAAUGAAGACUGAAACAAAAUAUUUUCAGUAGUUGUACAGUUCACAUUGGAAUGCUAACUUUCCUAUAUCUUUUCUUUGGAGAAUUUCAUUUUUUGUAUCUAAUACGCAACAGUAUCUAUUAUCAAUUUUACAAUAUCAUCUCUUCUUUAGCCAAACUAUAAUAAAAUUUUUGAUAGUAUUCUGACCAAAAGGUCUAUAUUCUCUCUAAAAAUAUACUAUUUUUGAAAUUUUAUGGUUACGAAUAGCUAUUUAUUUCAAGACGAUGGUUGGGCCGCGUACUUAAAACUUUAGUUAUCGCGUUUUUAGCCAGAACCCAGAAGUUUCUCUUCAAAAGCUUUUGUGUAAUUGAAAUAACCGAAAAACUACAGCUAUUUAAACAGCUUGUUACUUAGCUUCUCUUGAGCUACAAUAUCAUCUACAUAGCUGGUUUUAAUAACGAAGACGUCAACUUAACAUGUUUUUUUUGUUCGUUCGUCAGUCUUGUUCGUUCAACUCCUCUCUUCUGCGAGGCCAGCAAGCCCCAACUGUGUAAUAGAGAAACUUGUGAAGGGUUUAGUUAUGGUAAGGAACGACUUCUCCACACAGGCAGCUAAAUAAAGCUCUGAAAAAGCAUUUCGUGAAUGCGAUCUUUUAUUUAUUCUUGAUGCUAGAGUAUUUCUUCAUUCACACACACCUGUUUCUAUAUUGACGGAUAGCUUUUGCUUCUUUUUUUAGAGCCACGAUUGCGUCGUAGAAUAGGUACAAUGUUUACUUUUGGACAAGCUUGCUUGCUUGGUGAUCGACAGUAAAUAAGGUAACAAAUUAGAAGGCAAAUUUCCAUUAUUCUGGUAGGCCAAUAUCUCCAAAGUGGCAAAUUUUCCAAAUAAAAGUUUCAAAAAAUUCUAAAAGCCGUUUACCAAAUCAGCUACGCUUUCAGACAUGACAGCGUUUGAGUCAUAAAAUAUAGUGGAACAAAUUAAAAGAUUUUCAUGUUUCGUUACAGUAAAUUUUGACUGCAGAAUUUUGCAACCUUAAUAAACCAGCCUGUCUUUCAGACUCUUAAAAAAACGCUCUGCCUAUUUCUUUGCAAUUUUUCCUCUUAUUGUAUCGUCAUACUCCUUCUGAACAGAUUCUCAUCCAAUGAAUGCUUUUCACUUUAUCUUUCGUCUAAUCAAAGAUGUCACUCCUUUUUUCUCGACACUACAUACAUCUCACAGAGGCUCUUACGCAAGUUGGAAAGUGGGGAGGCCCACACAAACCAUUUUGUAGAAAUCCCACUCCCCGUCGUUGUCGGAGGCCAUCUUGCCCGAGAGCAUGGAAAAUGCUAAACCUCUUCCUAGAUGGGUACAGCGUAGCUAAGGUUCACAUUUGGUUCCAAACAUCUUCAGUUAUCUUUAACUAAUGCCACAGUUUUUCUUUUAUGCAUGAUACACUAAAUUAACAAAAAAUUAAAAAAGGUUGGUAAAAUGUGAAACAUUUAGUCAAAAUUUGAAUGCGAAUAAAGUGAAAAAAGUUGAUAUUCACCAAGCAAGAAACUAUUUUGAAAGAAAAUGGUUUAAUGCUACUCUAAGAGCUUUUUAAAAAGUGGUUUCAUUUAAAAUGAAUUUUGUAAAUAUCGUUUGAACACGCUUCAAGAGCCCUUGGUCUUCAUUUGUCAUCUGAAAGAAAUUUUUGCUCACCGUAGCAAUAUUUACUGAGUGUUUGUAGCUUUUUCAAGAUCUCUAAUUCCGUUAGGUUUGCAUCGUAUUAGUAUCCACCCUAUUAUAACACAAGGAAUAUUAUAGGUUUUAUUACAAAUGACACAUCGUCUUUACAAGUGUUUUUAUAAUUUUACUAGUUAUUAACAUACAAUAUUAUAAAUACAAAAUAAGAAAGUGUGCCCAAUUCCAGUCAACUCCCAGUUCUCACAUAGCCUUUUCGUUGGGAAAUUCGCUGCGGGGGGGGGGCAAACCUUUGUUUAAAAUAAUGGAAAGUCACUGGAGCUGGGGGGGCCAUUGCCCCCUGGUUGAUAUAAUAAAAAAGGCCCUGAGUUCUCAGCAGGAUCGUUUCUUUAUUUCGUCUAGAUUCCAUCAGAGAAUUCGAUCAGUAAAGCUUGGUUUCCACUAUGGGUUAACGUGAGAUAAUUCUGAGCUAAAUUGAAAAUUAACUCAUGGUCUAAAUUCAAGUUAACUUGAGAUAGUGUGAAAUAGCGUGAGAUAACGCGAGCUAUCUCAAAAUUA